UCACGCUCAUCGGUAAAGUUUUUCGAAUUGCCAACAUGGUCGCUUUACAUUUUACCAAUCUUGCAGACUUGCAAUUUUGUUUUCUUCCUCUUUCAAGCAAUAUACUGGUUUGUACCCAGUAUAGCCAUCAUGUUCGCCCUAAUCAUUUUUGAGGGGCUGUUGGGAGGCUCAUCUUAUGUGAACACUUUCAACAAAAUUCAUAAAACGGUUUCUCCCGACAUACGCGAGUACAGCAUGGCUGUUGCAGGAGUUGGAAACUCUCUUGGGAUAAAUUUUGCCGGAUUCAUGGCUAUUCCAUUGCAUAAUUUCAUUUGUCGACAACCGUUGCCGCCUGUACGCUAG